UUAUAAAUAGGGAAUUAAUCUCACUAAUCAUCAACCUUUUUCCCCACUCUUCUACAUACAAAUAAUCAACAUCUCUCUCUUUCUCCACACAGACAAUAAACACAUAGAGACGGCCUCUAAUGGAUUUAGAACAGAAGACAAGAGGACUUGGCAAGUCAUGUGCCCUUCUCAUAGUGAUUGCUGGAAUGGAGAGAUAUGCGUUCAAAGGAGUUGCAUCAAACUUAGUGACAUAUCUAACAGAUGUAGUGAAGAUGAGUAAUUCAAGAGCAGCCAAAACAGUUAAUACUUGGGCUGGUUUCACUUCCAUGCUGCCUCUCUUCUCUGCUCCUUUGGCUGAUGCGUACUGGGAUAGAUUCUUCACUAUCCUUGCUUCUUCUUCUGUCUACUUUGUGGGGCUAGUGGGAUUGACAUGGACUGCAUUUGCUGGGUCACGUUCAGCUACGAAGACAAUCUCAACCUACUUUCUCUACUCAUCACUAUGUCUUGUCUCAAUCGGGUUAGGCGUCUUAAACCCUUCUCUUCAAGCCUUUGGUGCGGACCAGCUCGACCACGACCUUAAUAAGGAAUUUGAGCUUCUCUCGGGUGAUCAAAAAGACGCUAAAGCUACCCGAAAGACUCAGUUUUUCCAAUGGUGGUACUUUGGCGUCUGCGCUGGAAGCCUUCUGGGUGUCACUGUCAUGGCUUAUAUCCAAGACACUUUUGGCUGGGUCCUAGGUUUUGCCAUACCCGGAAUAGCCAUGUUCCUGUUGAUCCUGCUGUUCUUGUCGGGUUGCGGAAUCUAUGUCUAUGGUGCUGGUGCUGGUUCCAAGACGAAAACAACCCCUACACCUUUUGAGAAGAUCCUUAAGCUCAUCAAAGGGGCUGUAGUGAAGAAAAAGAAGAAGAAGCAGGGAAGCAAAUAUACACUUGCAGAUGAGGAAGAUUUGGAUGCUAUGGAGCUAGAGCUACAAGAGAGGCCUCUCUGUAAAUGCGAUGAUGACGCUGAGGCUGAAGACAUCGAAACUGCUUCAACAACCCCACAGCAAAUGGAUGAUGAGAGUUCGAAAACGGGUUUCUCUGGACUUGAUACAAUCAAGUUAGUGCUUCGCCUUUUGCCCAUAUGGACGAUGCUUCUCAUGUUUGCAGUCAUCUUCCAGCUACCAGCGACCUUCUUCACUAAACAAGGUAUGACCAUGAAGCGAAACAUCGGUUCCAGCUUCAAAAUCCCUCCUGCGACCCUGCAAAGCACCAUUACGCUAUCCAUAAUCCUCCUCAUGCCGCUGUACGAGAGGAUCUUGAUCCCUGUCACCAAAAGAAUCAAGAACAACGGUCAAGGCAUCUCUGUGAUGGAGAGAAUGGGAGUUGGAAUGUUCCUAUCGAUCAUCGCCAUUGUUAUCGCAGCGCUAAUCGAGAGGAAAAGACUAGACAUAAGCCAAAAGGUGAAGACAUUACCUGAUUACGAUCCAGAAACCGUCCCGUUCAGCAUCUUCUGGCUGCUGCCUCAGUACAUACUCCUGGGAAUCUCGGAUAUAUUCACAGUGGUUGGGAUGCAAGAGUUUUUCUAUGCCGAGGUUCCGGUUAGAAUGAGAACAAUGGGAUUUGCUCUGUACACAAGUGUGUUUGGCGUAGGAGGGUUUGUGAGCGCAGGGCUGAUCUCAGUGGUGGAGGCUUAUUCAACCUCAACAGGUGAAGGGCAAAACUGGUUUGCAGAUGAUUUGUCGGAAGCUAGGCUAGACAAAUACUACUGGCUGCUUGCGCUUACAAGUACUAUAAGCUUUGUGGUCUACCUAGUUCUAUGCAAGUAUUUCAAGAGUAGUAGUUGUGAUCAAGGCAGUGAAGAAGAAAAAGAAAAAGCUCCUAAAUAAGACCAAAGGAACAGUUUCGAUUUCUUCAAGUCUUAAAAAAAAACUAACCGUUUGCCACAACACGAGUGAACUAACUGUAAUAGCUUAAGAAGUAUAACUCUCUUAUAAACGCAAAAGAUUUUAACUUUAUUA